AUGGUUGCACCUACUGCUUUGAAGAAAUCUGCAGGUCUACCUGUCUCAAACGCUAGCAUACCUAGCAGAAUUAUAGGUUUAGACAACACUGAAAGAAUAGAAGAAGACGACGAUGAUAUCUUACUAGACCAAGAUAUCCCUGAAGAAAAAGAUACACAUGAUGAUACACAACCCACGCAGAAGAAGGAGGCGAAGGGUGUGGUGCUAGAUGAGGAAGGGAAACCAAGAUUUAGUUCAGCUAAUAAGGCAGAGGGUGCCAAAGUAAAAUUGGAAAGCAGAAAAGUUCCAGUUCCACCACAUAGAAUGACACCACUUAGAAAUAGUUGGACAAAAAUAUAUCCUCCUUUAGUUGAUCAUUUGAAAUUGCAAGUGAGAAUGAACUUAAAGACAAAAUCUGUAGAAUUAAGAACUCAUCCAAAACAUACAACAGAUCCAGGUGCUUUACAGAAGGGUGCAGAUUUCAUAAAGGCCUUUACUUUAGGUUUUGACCUGGAUGAUUCCAUUGCAUUAUUAAGAUUGGAUGAUCUAUAUAUUGAAACAUUUGAAAUCAAGGAUGUGAAAACUUUAACUGGUGAUCAUUUAUCAAGAGCGAUUGGCCGUAUUGCAGGUAAAGACGGUAAGACCAAAUUUGCCAUUGAAAAUGCUACCAGAACAAGAAUUGUGUUGGCAGAUACUAAAAUUCAUAUUCUUGGUGGUUUCACUCAUAUUAGAAUGGCAAGAGAAGCCGUCGUUAGUUUGAUCUUGGGUUCCCCACCAGGGAAAGUCUACGGUAACUUACGUACUGUUGCUUCCAGAUUAAAAGAACGUUAUUAG